CUCGGACGUUUUCAUUACUAUUCCUGUCAGCACCACACCUCCUCGUUGCCCUUCAUUUGCAAGUCAUGUCGUUUCUUACGAGGAGCGCCAAGUCAGGGCGGUCGACGACGUCGCUCUUCAACAAUGCCGUCAAGGCUUCUUCGCUCGUGGCAAACGGGCAGCGGUUAUUUACCUCGACAGCGCCAGCCUCUGCACACAAGGAAGUCAAAUUCUCCAACGACGGGCGGGCAGCCAUCCUUAAGGGUGUCAAUCUGCUCGCCAAUGCCGUCAGUGUGACUCUUGGUCCUAAAGGCCGUAAUGUCAUCAUCGAGCAGCCAUUUGGCGGGCCAAAGAUCACCAAGGACGGUGUGACGGUUGCCAAGUCUAUUCAGCUCGAGGACAAGUUUGAGAACCUGGGCGCUCGUCUGGUCCAGGAUGUGGCGAACAAGACCAACGAGAUCGCCGGUGACGGUACCACGACGGCCACGGUGCUUGCGAGGGCCAUCUACAGCGAGGGUGUCAAGAAUGUGGCAGCCGGGUGCAACCCCAUGGACCUGCGUCGAGGUGCCCAGGCCGCAGCCGAGGCCGUCAUCAAGUUCCUCGAGGCCAACAAGCGGGUGAUUACGACGAGUGAGGAAAUCGCUCAGGUGGCGACAAUUUCUGCCAACGGCGACAGGCACGUUGGUCAGCUCAUUGCCACGGCCAUGGAGAAGGUCGGCAAGGAGGGCGUCAUCACUGUCAAGGAGGGCCGCACGCUCGAGGAUGAGAUCGAGAUCACCGAGGGCAUGCGCUUUGACCGAGGCUACAUCUCGCCGUACUUCAUCACCGACGUCAAGACACAAAAGGCCGAGUUUGAGAAGCCGUUGAUCCUGCUGAGCGAGAAGAAGAUCAGCCUGCUGCAGGACAUCCUCCCCUCGCUCGAGGCUGCCGCCCAGGCGAGGAAGCCGCUCCUGAUCAUUGCCGAGGACAUUGACGGCGAGGCCCUGGCCGCCUGCAUCCUCAACAAGCUCCGGGGUCAGCUGCAGGUCUGCGCCGUCAAAGCGCCUGGCUUUGGCGACAACCGCAAGUCGAUCCUCGGCGACCUGGCCAUCCUCACCGGCGGCAGCGUCUUCUCCGACGAGCUCGAGGUCAAGCUCGACCGGGCCACACCUGACCUCCUCGGCACGGCGGGCAGCGUUACGGUGACCAAGGAGGACACCAUUUUCCUCAACGGCGAGGGCGACAAGCAGGCUCUCGAGGCCCGCUGCGAGCAGCUCCGCUCGGCCAUCAACGAUGCCACCGUCUCAGACUACGACAAGACGAAGCUGCAGGAGCGCCUUGCCAAGCUCAGCGGCGGCGUCGCCGUCAUCAAGGUCGGCGGUUCUUCCGAGGUCGAGGUGGGCGAGAAGAAGGACAGGUACGACGAUGCGCUCAACAGCACCCGCGCCGCCGUCUCGGGCGGUGUGCUCCCGGGCGGUGGUACGGGCCUGCUCAAGGCCACGGCAGCUCUCGAGGCUGUCAAGUGCGACAACUUUGACCAGGAGCUCGGUGUCUCGAUCAUCCGAGCGGCCCUGACGAGGCCCACAAAGCAGAUUGCCGAGAACGCAGGUGCAGAGGGCGCCCUAAUCGUUGGCAGACUCCUCGAGGGAGGCAGCAAGCAGAACGAGCCGUUUGAGUUUGGCUGGGACGGAUCCGACGCCCAGUACAAGGACCUGUUCAAGGCCGGUGUCAUUGACCCCUACCUCGUCGUCAAGUCGGCUCUCGAAGGCAGUGUGGGCAUUGCCUCGCUCCUCUUUACCAGCGAGUGCUCCGUCGUCGAUGCGCCUGAGCCCAAGGGCGCUGGCGGACCGCCAGGUGGCGGCAUGGGAGGCAUGGGUGGCAUGGGCGGCAUGAUGGGCAUGUAAAGAAAUAUAGGAAAAGAAAGCAAAAGAGGCCCGAAGCUCUCACCCAUAGUCACUAUUUCUACUCUUAAC